AAGAGCAGGAAUAUGAAAACCGGAGUCGCAGACAGGAUCCGAAACCUAAUCUUCAGCAAUUGGGAACCAGUAGACAAAAUACACAUACCAACCACCGAUCGAGGGGCCACUGGAGACGGAGACGGAGUCGGAGAUGGAGAGCAAUUUUAACUACGACGAGCACGAACACGAAGUCUAUGGUGGCGAUAUUCCCGACGACGCCGAGAUGGAUGCCGACCUGGACAUGUCCUCUGGUAGAGCCGACGAAGAAGGCUAUGAUGCUGAGCCUAGUAACGCCAACUCCAAGGACUUGGAGGACAUGAAGAGGAGGCUUAAAGAGAUCGAAGAGGAGGCCGGUGCCCUUCGGGAAAUGCAGGCCAAAGUUGAGAAGGAGAUGGGUGCUGUUCAAGAAGAUUCAUCCAGUACCUCUGCAACUCAGGCUGAAAAGGAGGAAGUAGAUUCUCGAUCUGUAUAUGUUGGUAAUGUCGACUAUGCAUGCACGCCAGAAGAGGUCCAACAGCAUUUUCAAUCAUGUGGAACAGUGAAUAGAGUGACAAUUUUGACGGACAAAUUUGGUCACCCGAAGGGAUUUGCUUAUGUUGAGUUCGUGGAGGUUGAUGCUGUCCAGAAUGCUUUACUGUUAAAUGAGUCAGAAUUGCAUGGUCGUCAACUAAAGGUCUCUGCUAAAAGGACGAAUGUGCCUGGCAUGAAGCAAUACCGAGGAAGGAGGCCAAACCCUUUUGGCUUUCGAGGUCGCCGGCCUUUCAUGCCUGCUGCGCCUUAUCCUUCGUAUGGUUAUGGAAGGGUUCCAAGGUUCAGGCGGCCGAUGCGGUACAGACCGUACUAGGAGAUACAAUUCUCGUACUAGUACCGCAAAUUAUUAUUCGGGAUCUACGGUUCCUUCAUCAAGGAUUCAUUUACCAUCUCUAUAAAUUGGAGGGUGUGGAAAACAUUGUAGUUUAUUGAUGUUUCAACAAUCCCACUUGAGUUUUUAAUGAACUUGGUAGCAGUUUCUAGCUUGAGAGGGUAAAGAUUUGUGGUUUACAUUUUGUUGGCUCUGGAAGGGCUAAAAAAAACCAUGUUUUCAACCAUUAGAGAAUUUGGAAGAAAGAAAAUUAAGGAAACUAAAGAACAUAUCCUUGUGUAUGGUGAAUUGGAACUGUUGAGGAUGUAGAAUUCUUUGUUAUUUAAUAAGUAAUUAUAAGUUGAUGUGAUAUGUAAACAUCAUUUUCCUCUC